CGAUCAGUUGAUUUUUGAAUUCGUCGCGAUGUUUCCGAUUAACGCCGUGAUCCUGGCCAUUGUGGUUAUUUCCGUACUGACCCAGGAUGCAAGUGGAACGUGUAAACUGAACAUCGGUGUUCCGGCUCCGCUUGUUAUUACCAAUUUUGGCUCCCAGCGCAUAUUGUCCGAUUUCUUGACAACAUAUGAGGGUGAAAAGGGCCAGACCAUUCGCCUUUCAUGCGCGAGUGGAUUUUCCAUGGACUAUGUUUAUAAUUACGGCGGCCAUUCAUCGCAGACAGUUGACGCGACUGAACUUACAGUAACCUGCGACAGUGAUCAGAGGUUUACGUUUAUCUAUAACGAUAGAAAAAAUAGUAUAAUUAGUGUUCGGUGUCUGGAGGACGGCCCUCAGUUGUUUGAGAGCAUGACCAAAUUGCCAAAUUGCACGGGCAUGACCCUGGUUUUAGGGAAAAAAUUCGAUGGCAAGGGCCUAAUUAAAGAUUCGGCAUUGUGCUACGAUUUGGCCGCAUCUCAAUUGAAAUAUAUUGGUUAUACCACAAGUUUCCAUAAUAUCCGGAUUGUCUCAGAGCACCAAUUGGGACAACUUAACCAUAUCGGACUUGAUAUUCCUAUCAGAUACCAAAAAUAUCUAUUCGAGACCAUCAGGAAGAGUGAACUUGCUGCGUACUUGGCGAAGGAUUUUCAGAUUGGCAGUUUGGUCCAGGAUGAGCUGGUUAGUAGGCACUUGGUUGGCUACGAGGACUUGAUGAGCACCGUCUGGUUGGAGGUUCUGCGUUCCGGCAACUGGAAGCACUGGACGAAGGCAAUGCAUGAUGCCAUCGGUGUCCACUUCGACAUUCGUUUGGGUGUCUCCGGUAGCGUGAAGCUGCCGACGUCCACCGGACAAUCAUGCAACGCAAGCCGAUCGUUGAACAUUGAACUGCUGAGCGGCAAAUCCCUGCCCAUUCCCGCCCACAUUUGGGCCCAUGUGCAAGCUGUGGAGAAGACCGGUACCGGACAGGAUGAGUUCGUCAUCAUUGGCCACAACUCGCCCUUCUAUCGCAGUGACUUAAGCAAUCUGUGCCCCUCGAUGUGCAACCAGGUGUCCUGGCUGAGGAACACCCUCUUCGCCAGACUCCACGAGUUUCCCGCCUUUGGAAUGGUGCAGUGCUGCCGUGUGGAGGAUGUGGCCCACAAACUGGACAAUUUUCCCGGUCCCUUUGAGAAUGCAAAUAUGAAUGUCAGCAGGACAACCGAGGCUACAACGACACCAACAGUGGAUCUCGCUUAUGAGAACGAUGAACAUAUAUAAACAAUAGCUUGGUUUAACAUUCAAAAAAGAAACAUGGACACAUUUAGGGUGAAAUGCAUUAACAAAUGCGUAAUCUCAAUACUUUAAACCAUAUUAUCCCUCUGUUCCAGCAAAUAUGGGACCCUUUGUGUACAUGUAAUUUGUAUAAAGCACCUUUUAAUGCAUUAAUAUGCAUUUAAUGCAAUAAUGCCUACAUAUACUUGUCUAUUUAAUCAGCCCGUUUUGCCUUGUAUCCGUAUACGAUCCUUAAUUCCAGUAAUAAAGUCACAAUCAGCGCA